CAUUGUUUGGGGUGAAGAUUUUAAAGGAAAAAUAGUUAUGGGGCAAACGUUGAAAUAGCUACUAGUUUUGGAAAAAAGAAAGCGAAGCUCAUAGCCUAAACCCCAGAGGUGAACCCCCUCAUCGCCUAUACCCGAAGCCGAAGGUCCUGAAACUCCAAGCCCGGUCGCCGCCACACCGCCGCCGACUCCACCUCUGCCGGCGGUCCCCUCUUCUCUGGUUCUAUAGAUAUGGAUUAUGCAUUUAUUUGCAUGGACUAUAAUGGUGAGUGGAAGAUUGUAGAUAAACGCAUUUGGGAAUGGUUUGGUACUGGUUGCAACAAGGGAUUUUUGGUUGAUAGAAGCAUAAAGUUUAAUCAAUUAGUGGAUAAAGUCUACGAAAAAAUAGGUGUUGAUCGAAAUUUGUAUGAAAUUGAAAUUACUCAUAAGUUAGUUAGUGAAACAUUUAGUAAGAUGGCACCAAGUCAGAUUUGUAAUGAUUCUGAUGUUGAGGAUCUUAUGAUAUUCUACAAAGAUAAAGACGCGAUUCCUCUAUAUGUGUGCGUGAAAAAGAAUAAAGAUAAAGGAAAGACAAAUCUUGUCAGUGAUGGUGAUGAUGAUGAGUUUGGUUGUGAUGAUAGUGGUUUUGAUACUGCAAUACAAGUGAUAGCACCACCUGAAGACAAGACUAAAGGGCGGCCAAAAAUCAACCGCAUACCUUCCCAAGGUAAAGUUUCUAAGAGACAAUAUAAUUGUGGGGCAUGUGGGCAAUCAGGACAUAAUGCGCAAAAGUGUCCAAGUCGUCAUGCGCCAUCAGAUGUUAGAAGCACAACUAAUAUGUGAUUUAUUAUUGUAUAGUUUUGUAAACACUAUGUUCACAGUUUCUUCUUUUAAUUUAUGUAAACUCUGUUGAGAUU